AUGGGUGGUGACAAUAACUUAGCUGCACAGGCUGCUACUCUUGUUUCGUUAGCUGUACUAGAUUAUAUUGAAGAUACCAAUCUUCAUGAGAUUGUUACCUCUUGUAAGAACUUAAGGUAUUUCCUUCCGAGCCAAAUGCAUGCGCAAGAACCGAAUGUAUCCUUGACAGAGCAAGGCCUUGUAGCUGUCUGCGUUGGCUUCCCUAAGCUCCACUCGCCUCAAACUCCUGAUUAUCUAGUCCUUGGACCGCUUGAUGCUGGUUUUGGAGCCAUCCUGCAACACUGCAAGGGAUUGCGGCGACUUUUACUUUCUGGCCUCCUUAUGGAUCUCGUGGUUGAGUACAUCAAGGCCCAUGCUAAGAAGCUAGAGAUGCUCUCCGUAACUUUUGCAGGGGAUAGUGCUCUAGGCCUCUACUAUGUGCUCUCCGGUUGUGAAAGCCUCCAUAAGUUGGAGAUCAGGGACUGCCCCUUGGCGACAAGUCUAAAAACAUCAUAG